AUGGAAGGGCGGUCUCUCAGUGGAUCAAUUCAGCUGUCCAGUUUGUCUGGACACAGUUUCUGUAAGGUGUGCAUUAAUAGCUGCUGGGAUCAGGAGGAUCUGAAGGGGGUUUAUAGCUGCCCUCAGUGCAGACGCUCCUUCACUCAGAGGCCUGUUGUGGGUAAAAACACCAUGCUGGCUGAAGUGGUGGAGAAACUGAAGAAGACGGAGCUCCACACUGCUUCUCCUGCUGGACCUGGAGAUGUGGAGUGUGAUUUCUGCACUGGGAGAAAACUCAAAGCCCUCAAAUCCUGCCUGGUGUGUCUGGCCUCUUACUGUGAAACUCACCUCCAGCCUCAUUAUCAGUCUCCUGCCUUUAAGAAGCACAAACUGGUCAAAGCCUCCAGACGCCUCCAGGAGCAGAUCUGCUCUGAACAUGAGAAACUGCUGGAGGUUUACUGUCGCACUGACCAGCAGUGUAUCUGCAUGCUGUGUAUCAAGGAUGACCACAAAGGACACGAUACAGUAUCAGUUGCAGCAGAACGAGCUGAGAAACAGGGUGGGAUGGCCUUCAGCCAGCGCCGCGGUCGCGCUGGCGUAAAUCUACCUGUAUUGUUCACUGCGAUGCUCAGCCCCAAGCAGCCUGACAUCAUAAGGAUGAACAUCCAGGCUUGA